AUGGCUUGUAAUAUACUGUAUGAUGUCUGUACACUGGAAACUAUGUCUCUUAUUGAUGAUGACCUUUGGUUUUACGAAACCGCUAUAAAGGGGUUAGACUCUAGAUUUUUAAUACCUUUCAAAGAAAUCAAUUUGAAUUUACAAUGUUUAAAAGAAUACAACUAUUGUGACACAAUAAAAAGAAUAAAUGACUGUCUUACAGCUGAUAAUGGUGUCAUUAUCAGUUUUGAUUAUAAAGAGGUUAAAUCUAUGAGCAAUUUAGAAGCAUUGGUAGGCAAUAUUGAAUUUUUAGGGAAACAUGUUUUUGAAUAUUAUUGUAUCGAACUUGUGACUACUACCGGUAUAAGAAAUAGCUGUGAAAUCUGUGCAAUAGCUAAACUUUCAGUGAUUAAUAUAUUGUCAAUUCCAAAUUUGAACAUCACCAAAAGAAUUGGAUUCAAGACUAAAUAUAACGAGAAUGUUGUACAAGCACAACCAAGUAAAAAUUGUUUAAAAAGGUUGAUUUUGAAGGAUGAUUUAUUGAAUUCAACAAAUUUUGAAAAUGUAAAUAUCAAUACAAUCUUAGAGAGUAUUCAAGAAGCUUUUGAUAAAGGUAAUUGUUUUCUCAAUUUUCAAAGGGAAACAGAUACUCGGUAUUCUUUGAUGAAACUCAACGCUUUUAUUAUGAAGCUUAGUGUACAUGAUAUUUGCUUUGGCUCUUCUGAUGUGGAUCGACAAUAUUUAGGAGAAAUUUCAAUUGGUUCAUGGUUUCAAAACAAAUUUAUAGAUCCAGUUGCUAAAAUCAUUAACAUGUUGGUAUUUCAAAAAGCAAAUUUAUUAGUUGUAAACCUUCAAAAAUUAGAAAAGCUUCCCAUAUUUAAACCAUUUCAUAAAUCACCUAAAGUAAUUUCAAAUGAAUAUUCUUUGACUAAAACUGAGGAAUUCGAUGUUUUCCCCAGUUUGGUGAUUUCAAAAACAUUAUCUAGCUUUGAAGAACGUUUAAACCUAUCAGCAGAAGUAAGUAUAGGUGUUUUAUUAGAUGGAUUUAAUGUCUGCAUAUUUAUUAUUCAAUGGGAUUCACCAGAAUUUGAUAACUAUUUGAAAGAUCCAUCAAAUAGUAGAUUUCCUAUUGAGUAUUAUUUAACUGAUAUUACUUCAAGUGAUCCAACUUUCAAAUCAGUCCUAUUAGGAAUUUUGUACUCUGAAGCAAAGCUUUCACCUGAAAACGUUAAAUUGAAAAAUGAGAAUUUAUGUCUUUUGAAACAUUGUCUUUUAAAAUCAUCUGGAGAGUUUGUUGAAGCUCUUAAAGUCUGGUGUGGUGCAAAUUACCAAGAAUCCAUAAAUUUUGAUUCAUAUUCAAUUGAUCAAAGUCAAUUAAACGAUUUAACCAUUGAGAAUGUUCAUAAUGAACUUGAGCCACAAGUUUUAAAAUUGACCAAAAAGCUCAUCAACCAAUUGUUUGAUUUGAAUUUGAAUGGUGGUGCAAACCAAAGAGUAUUAAUGUUGAUUUUUGAUCCUGUAAGAUUCUCUAUUUCAAACUUUAGAGAAGAUCAAACAAUGGAAAUUAAAGACUGUAUUGGUGACUUCAAAAAUAUGUUUAAUAAUCAAUUGAAAGCUCUGCAAACUAUCGAUCAGUUUAAUAAACUGAAUAAAUCACAAAUAAAUAAAUUUAAUGUGAUUAAAAGUGGGAAUUUGAAGUUGGAAAUUGAUGAAACAUAUUUCUUUUGUGCGAACUUUAUAGUAAUGGAUAUUAUUGACAAUAAACCAUCAUCUAGAUCUGAAUUCAAUGCUGGAAAGGUUCAAUGGAAGAAUUUGCAUAACGCUGGUAUCAAUCUUUAUGAUUUUGAAAUGGAUCAUAUGUUUUAUAAAGACAACAAGUUUUAUUUCAAUAAUUUUUGGAGUGUGGAUGAUGAUCAACUUAGAAUAAAGAGGGACUUUGAAAAGUUUGUUGAUGAGCAUUACUUUGAAACAGAUGAAAAGCAUAAAUCUAGGGAUUAA